UCUCCAGGGCAGGAGAAAGAGAGAGACAGUCAGAGAAAGAGAGAGGGAGUGAAACAGAGAGGCAGCAAACGAGUGCAGCUCUUCUCUCCAUCAGCAUCCAACUUUUACAACUCUACACCAUGGGGAGGCCACCAAGUGUCGUUUCCAUCCUUCUCUUCCUCUACUGGCUGAGGGCUUCGUGGGAGGCUCAGGUAUCCAACCCUGUCACCUUCCCAUCCAAUGCAACUGUUUUUUCUCAUGUCUACACUAUCAAGCUCGCAGGAGAUGUAACAGAGGGUGAAGGAGACUCCUCUUUGCCCCAAGAGGCAUUGGGCCCUCCUGGGUCCUCCCGUGGAGGAGGUCUAUAUGAACACACUCUGGACGGGCCCGAUCAGGAGCACGUAGUUUUCACCCACCGCAUCAACCUUCCCCCGCAGUCCUGUGGGUGUGCACCCGGCACUGAGGACACUCGGGAUCUUCUGAAGCGGUUACAGGCACUUGAGAAUGAAGUACGGUCACUAAGGGACACAUGUCAAGCCGGACGUGGAUGCUGUCCUGCUACUGCCCACAGCCAGGCCAGCACAGGCCAAACAGACAUACGCAGUUUGUGUUCACACCAUGGUUCCUUCGACCUCUCCCGCUGCCAGUGUGAAUGUGAGAUGGGCUGGGGUGGCCCCACCUGUGCUGAACCUGUCUGCUCCGGUGGGUGUGGUGGCCCACAGCGUGGCAAGUGUGUGAAUGGCCGUUGCCAGUGCCGUCCUGGCUACUCGGGCACCCGCUGCGAAGAGCCACCUUCCUGCCCAGAUGACUGUAAUGAUCAAGGCCGCUGUGUGGAUGGGCGUUGCAGUUGCUUCCCGGGCUACAUCGGCCCUUCCUGCUCUGAACCAGCGUGCCCCCAGGACUGCCAAGGCCAUGGGCAGUGUGUGUCAGGAGGAUGCGUGUGUGACCCUGGUUACUCUGGACCCGACUGUGGGACCCGGGCCUGCCCUAGCAAUUGUAACCGACGUGGCAUGUGCCAAAACGGCCGAUGUAUCUGCGAGCCAGGUUUUACCGGCCCAGCAUGUGGUACCAAAUCUUGUCCCAAUGAUUGCAACCAGAGAGGACGCUGUCUGAAGGGAGGAGUGUGUGCCUGUCACAAGGGCUACACAGGGCCUGACUGCGGACAACUGGCAUGUCCAGAAGACUGCAGUGGCCACGGAGAAUGCCAGAAUGGAGUGUGUCUGUGCCAGGAUGGUUAUUCUGGAGAUGACUGCUCCAUAGAGAUUCCAUCCAUUGGUGUCCGUGUGUCAAACCGAGAUGAAACAUCUUUCCGUCUGGAGUGGAAUCGCCCAGAGAUUCCUGUGGACGCCUAUGAGAUCCAUGUCUUACCCAAGAAGGAUCGGCAGGCUGGUGAAUCUGUACGCUUACCUGGUUCUGAGACAGUCUUUGAACGCAGAGGACUGACACCUGGAGAGGAAUAUACAGUCACCAUACGGGCAGAAAAGGGGCAGCGCUAUGGACCGCCUGUCUCUCAGACCAUUCAAACACGCGUGGCUCCUCCCCGUGGCCUGAAGUCAUCACAGGUGACAGAAAACACCAUGACAUUGCGGUGGGAUCCACCUGCCUCUCGCCCUGAUGGAUACAUCCUCAGCUAUGUUCCUGUAGUUGCUGCCCGUCCAGCCCAAGCCACAAAACGCGUGGAGCUGCCAGCAGGGCCUGAAACGGUCACCUUGGAUGGGCUGGACAGCAACACCCGCUAUCGCAUCACUCUGGUCGCUCGCCAGAGUGGUGAGAGCAGCCGAGCCACCAGCAUCAUCACCAGCACUACUGCACUCCCUCCAAGGCCACCAGUCCGCCAGUACUCGACACCACCACCCUCUUCCCGUUUAAGACCUGAUGCUUCCCCUACUCACCCGGAAGCCACGAAGCCAGGCACCAGGCUACCACCAGGCCGCAACACCACCUUAGUGACCAAGGAGCUCUUCCUGAAGAAAAUUACCCAGAAUAUCUCAGCCAAGCUUUCCCCAUACAACGGGACUCUCCUUGAACGCUUGGAGAGUUACCUCCGGGCCACCAACUUCCCUGUCCAGGGCAACCGGACCAUUGAAAAUGUGGCCAGGGAUAUCUACAUCUACCUCAUUCGUUGGAAGCCAAAGGAGUUCCAAGAGAGGGUCAAGGAACGCCUCGUGAAAGAGACAAAUAGCUCAUUUCCUCAAAGGGAAUUCCCUAUGGAGGGAACUGAUAGUGUCUACUCAGAAGGGUACAUCCGUUCUGACCAUGCCAAACCAUCAGUGAUCACCAGCUCCCCCGAUGGCAUCGAAGUAUCAUUGGACGGCGUAAGGGGUCUCUCUGAUAACGUGAUUAUCCGCUUCCGAAAUACAGGGAGUGGAGAAGGAGGGGAAGUAACAGUACCUGGGGACACUUCCAGAGCAGUCAUCACCGGACUGGCUCCUGGCACAACCUACCAAGUGGAAAUCCAUGGCGUUGUGAAAGGCCAUUCCUCUAAGUCAUACUCCUUUAUAACGGCCACAGCUCCAGCUUCGCCUACAGCGGCCAAGGCUCGGCCUGUCCUGAGUACUACCCGGAGCCCAGAAGUGUCACUGAAGGACCUAACAGUAACAGAGACCUCUCCAAACAGUCUGCGAGUCUCUUGGUCAGCCCCACCCAGUUCCUUCCGUGGCUUUUCCCUUCAGUAUAGGGAUCCCCAGUCCAAUGCAACACCUGGGGAAGUCAGAGUACCGGGGACAGUGACAAGUGUCAAUGUGAUGGGCUUGACCCCUAGAACUGACUAUGAACUGCAGUUAUAUGGAGAGAAACCCAACGGGCGUUAUGAGGGUCCAAUAGCAACCAAGGCAUCAACAGCCCCACCAGCAGAAUUAGAGAAGCCCAGUUUGGGAGAGAUCUCAGUCUUGGAAGUGACCGAGAAUGCUGCACGCCUUUCCUGGAGUGUCGCCACUGGGACCUUUGACUCCUUUUUAAUCCAGUAUAAGGAUGCCGAAGGCAAACCAAAGUCACUGCCUUUGAAUGGGGAUUUGCGAGAAGCUAUCAUCUCUGACUUGGUACCUUCCCGAAAAUACAAGUUCAACCUUUACGGACUGGUAGGACGCAAACGUCAUGGCCCUGUAUCCACAGAAGCAGUCACAGUAAAGCCAGACAAGAGACUGACGGCACCACCUGGCUUGGGAGAACUCUCUGCCUCAAAUAUCACAAGUGACUCUGUCCACCUGUCCUGGAAUGUCCCCUCUGGCAGCUUUGACUCCUUUGUGAUCCAGUACAAGGAUGCCGAAGGCAGGCCUCAAGUGUUGCCCACAGAGGGCGAUGCCCGCGAAGUCACAAUCCCCAGCCUGGCUCCUUCCCGCCGGUACCGCUUCAAUCUCUAUGGCAUCUCCAAUCGCAAACGCCUUGGCCCUGCCACCAAAGAUGUCACCACAGCACCGCGGGAAGAAGAGACCAUGCCGGAGGCUGUCCUCGGUGACCUCUCUGUCUCAGAUACCACCAGUGACUCAGUCCGUCUCACAUGGAGCAUCCCCACAGGCACUUUUGACUCCUUCUUGCUCCAGUACCAAGACUCAAAGGGCAAUGACCAAUCCCUGCCUGUAAACUGGGAUUCUCGUGAGGUUACCAUUUCCAAUUUGGUUCCCUCCCAAAGAUACAGGUUCAACCUCUAUGGCAUCUCCGGCUCUCAACGUCUGGGACCUGUUUCUGCUGAUGCUGUUACAGCUUCUAAGGAAACUAAAAAGGAAAGACCAGGAGAGACAAAACCAAUUCAGCCCAGCCUAGGAGAGCUCUCAGUCUCUGUUGUCAGCAGUGAUUCCCUCCUCCUCUCCUGGACUGUCCGUACUGGGAAUUUUGACUCUUUCCUGAUCCAGUACAAGGAUGCAGAGGGCAAGACUCAGGCGGUGCCUGUGGAGGGAGACUCUCGUGAGAUCACCAUCUCUAACCUCAAUCCUUCCCGUAGAUAUAAAUUCAACCUCUAUGGAGUCUCUGGGCGCAAGAGAUCUGGCCCCAUCUCCACUGAAGCCAUUACAGCUUCCACUGCAGGCUCAUCCGAGCUUGAAGCUGGGAGACCUGUUGAGCCCAACCUAGGAGAGCUCUCAGUCUCAGGUGUCACCAGUGAUUCCCUCCUCCUCUCCUGGACUGUCCGUACUGGGAGUUUUGAUUCCUUCCUGAUCCAGUACAAGAAUGCAGAGGGCAAGACUCAGGCCCUGCCUGUGGAGAGGGACUCCCGUGAGAUCACCAUUCCUAACCUCACUCCUUCCCACAGAUACAAGUUCAACCUCUAUGGAGUCUCUGGGCGCAAGCGGUCCAGCCCCAUCUCCACUGAAGCCAUUACAGCCUCCACCACAGUCUCACAGGAAGAUGAAGAACAGACUGCUUUUCAGCCCAGCCUGGGAGAGCUCUCAGUCUCAAAUAUCGCAUCCGACUCUGUCCGUCUCUCCUGGACUGUCCGCACUGGGAGCUUUGAUUCUUUCCUAGUGCAGUACAAGGAUGCUGAAGGCAAACCCCAGGCUUUGCCUGUGGAAGGAGAUGCCCGUGAAGUCAUUGUUCCCAGCCUGGUUCCUUCUCGCAGAUACAAGUUCAAUCUCUAUGGAGUCUCUGGACGCAAACGGUCCGGCCCACUCUCUACCGAAGCCACCACAGCUGCUACAGCAACAUCCCCAGAGGUGACCACGGAAAGAGUAACCAUUCAGUUAAGCCUGGACCAGCUCUCCGUUACGGAUGUUACCAAUAAUUCAGUCCGCCUCUCCUGGCUUGUCCCUACUGGGGAUUUUGACUCCUUCCUAGUCCAGUACAAAGACUCAGAAGGGAGACUUCAAGCGUUGCCUGUGAAUGGCGUGUCCCGCACCCUCACUGUAGCAAACCUGGAGCCCUCACAGAGAUAUAAAUUCAACCUCUAUGGGGUUUUUAGAAGCAAGCGUUAUGGCCCUUUGUCUGUGAUGGCUGUCACAGCCCCAGUCUCAGCAUCACAACCAGAACAAGCGGGAGUAUUGGCCUCACAGCCCAAACUUGGGGAACUCUCCACUUUUGACAUUUCUAGUGACUCACUCAGGCUCUCCUGGACUGUCUUGACUGGGCCAUCCUUUGACUCUUUCCUAAUUCAAUACAAGGAUGCAGAGGGUAAACCCCAGGCCUUGCCUGUAGAGGCAGCUACCCAUGAAGUCACCAUUUCCAACCUUGUACCUUCCCGUAAAUACAAAUUCCAUCUUUAUGGAGUCUCUGGUACCAAGCGGAUUGGCCCCCUUUCUACUGAGGCAAUCACAGCUUCACUGAUGGAGAAGCCCACUCCCCCUCUUAGGCUGGGGCAGCUGACAGCUAACAAUGUCAUGCCAAAUUCUCUGGAUCUCUCUUGGACUGUGGAAGAAGGAACUUUUGAUUCUUUUAUCAUCCAGUAUCGAGAUGCUCAGGACAAACCCCAAGCUCUCCCUGUCGAUGGGACCCUGCGUUCUCUCCAUCUCCAUGACUUGGUCCCCUCUCAUAGAUACCAGAUCAACCUCUAUGGUGUCUCAGGCAGAAAACGUCUUGGUCCCAUCUCCACUGAAGCAGAGACAGCCCCGUCACCCACAACGCCACCGCCACCUCAGCCCACCUUAGCGGAUCUCUCUGUUUGGAAUGUCACCAGUGAUUCUGUCCGUCUCUCCUGGUUGGUCCCCACUGGGAGCUUUGACUCCUUCACGAUCCAGUACAAGAACACAGAGGGGAAACCCCAGUCGCUGCCAGUGGAGGGGGACUCUCGUGAAAUCACUGUCCCCAAUCUGGCUCCUUCACGGAAAUACAAGUUUAAUCUCUAUGGAAUCUCUGGUCGCAAGCGUGUGGGCCCCAUUUCUGCAGAAGCUGUCACAGUUCCAGCUCCACAGGAUCCUCCAGUUCCCCCCAGCCUGGGAGAGCUCUCUGCCUCCGACAUCACCAGCAACUCUGUCCUCCUCUCCUGGACUGUCCCCACUGGGAGCUUUGACAGCUUCCAGGUCCAGUACAAGGAUGCAGAAGGCAAACCUCAGGCCAUUCCAGUGGAAGGAGUCUUUCGUGAGAUCAUCGUCCCUGACCUGGUCCCAUCCCGCAGAUACAAGUUCAACCUGUAUGGACUAACUGGACGCAAGCGCCUGGGCCCUAUAUCUACUGAUGCUGUUACAGUGGCACCUCCAGCAGAAACACGAGCACCACCCAGCUUGGGACAGCUGUCUGUCUCUAACAUCACCAGUCAUUCUGUCUAUCUCACCUGGACCGUCCGAACAGGGAACUUUGACUCCUUCUUAAUCCAGUACAAAGAUACUGAAGGCAAACCACAGGCAUUGCCACUGGAUGGAAGUACCCGUGAGACCACCAUCACAGGCCUGUCUCCUUCCCGUCGAUACAAAUUCAAUCUCUUUGGAAUAUCAGGGCGCAAACGCCUUGGCCCAGCCCCUGCUGAUGCAGUCACAGCAUCUGCAGCAAAGAAGGAAGAGCCAGUGCAGCCCAGCCUAGGGGAGCUCUCCAUCUCCGAAGUCACCAGCACUUCUGCUCUUCUCUCCUGGACAGUCCCAAAAGAAAGUUUUGACUCAUUCCUGGUCCAGUUCAAGGACGCGGAAGGCAAGCCCCAGUCAUUGCCUGUGGAAGGAACCUCUCGUGAGGUCACUGUUUCAAACUUGGCUCCUUCCCGCAGAUACAAGUUCAAUCUUUUUGGUGUUUCUGGUCGCAAGCGUUUGGGCCCUGUUUCCUCUGAGGCCACCACAGCUGAACCAGAGGAAGAAGAAGAGAUAGAUGAAGGGCGCAAACCUCGCUUGGGGGAGCUCUUGGUCUCAGAAACCAACAGUGAUUCGGUCCACCUUUCUUGGAGUGUCCCGGUUGGACGUUUUGACUCCUUCCUUAUUCAGUAUGAAGAUGGAGAGGAUGAUGUGCAGACCCUGCCUGUAGAUGGUGGCUCUCAUGAGGUCACAGUCCCUAACCUGGUUCCUUCCCAGAGGUACCAAUUUGACCUCUAUGGUAUCUCUGGUGGUGAGACCCUUGGACCCAUAUCCACUGACACCUUCACAGUUCCAUUGCCUCAAGAGCAGCAAGUGAAAGGAACAGCAACUCCACCCCCAGAGCCCAACUUGGGGGAGCUCUCUGUAACUGAUGUCACCAGCGAUUCUGUCCGUCUGUCUUGGGAUGUCCCCAGGGGGACUUUUGACUCCUUUGUGGUCAAGUACACGGAUGCUGAAAGCAAGCCCCAGGAAAUUCCUGCAGAUAAGGAGACCAACUCAGUGGUGAUCUACUACCUGGUGCCUUCCUACAGAUACACAUUCUACCUCUAUGGCAUCUCUGAACGCAGGCUCUUUGGCCCGGUCUCCAUCAGUAUUGUCACAGCUACAACAGGAGAUAAAAAGCACCAAGAGGAAGAGGCAGGCAAGGAACUCCCCACUGGAACGGAGCCCCGCUUGGGGAUACUCACGGUCUCUGAGGUCACCAGUAACGCUGCCCGUCUCACCUGGACCGUCCCCCUGGGAGCUUUUGACUCUUUCUCAAUCCAGUAUAAGGAUGCAGAGGGAAGUCCCCAGGCACUGCCUGUAGGAGGAGAGUCCCGUGAGGUUAUGGUCCCCAAUUUGGUCCCCUCUCAUAAAUACAGGUUCAAUCUUUACGGUAUCUCUGGACAACGACGUCUUGGACCCAUUUCUGCCAAUGCUGUCACAACAGCUCUGGGAACAACACAUGAUGAGAAGCCCCGAGGGGUGGAAGAAGAUGCAGACAAGGACAUGUCUGCUGGAAUGGAGCCCCGACUGGGGGAGCUCACAGUUUCUGAGGUCACCAGUAACUCUGCCCGUCUCACCUGGACUGUCCCUCUGGGAACUUUUGAUUCUUUCUCCAUUCAGUACAAGGAUGCAGGAGGAAGAUUCCAGAUGCUUCCUGUAGGAGGAGGUUCCCGUGAAAUCAUGGUCUCCAACUUGGUCCCUUCUCACAAAUACAAGUUCAAUCUCUAUGGUCUAACUGGACAAAGGCGACUGGGACCCAUCUCAGCCAUUGCUGUGACAACAGCCACAACAGGUGAUGAGAAGCACCAAGAAGUGGGAGAAGAAGCAGUCAAGGAGGUCCCCACUGGAACACAGCCCCACUUGGGGGAGCUCACAGUUUCUGAGGUCACCAGUAAUGCUGCCCAUCUCACAUGGACCAUCCCCCUGGGAACCUUUGAUUCUUUCUCAAUCCAAUACAAGGACGCAGAAGGAAGACCCCGGGCGCUCCCUGUAGGAGGGGGCUCCCGCGAGGUCACUGUCCCCAACUUGGUCCCCUCUCACAAAUACAGGUUCAAUCUUUAUGGUAUCUCUGGACAACAACGUCUCGGACCCAUCUCUGCCAAUGCUGUGACAAAAGCUACAGAAACACCAAGGCAGGAAAGAGAGGAGAAGGAAGAUGAAAAGGUGCUAGAGGAACCAAGCGAGAGCGUUCAGCCCAUUCUAGGAGACCUCACCGUCUCUGAGGUCACCCCUGAUUCCCUUCUCCUCUCCUGGAGCAUCCAGGAAGGUAGUUUUGAUUCUUUCCUCAUCCAGUACAAGGAUGCAACAGGCAAGCUCCAGAUGCUUUCUGUGGAUGGAGCCAUGUGCUCCCUCCAUCUCUACAACCUGGCACCUUCACAGAGCUACAAAUUCAAUGUCUUCGGAGUCACUGGCCAAAAACGUCUUGGGCCCAUCGUGAUCGAUGCGGUCACAGCAGCACAAGAGACAUCUCAGGGAGAAGGUACCGUUCAGCCAAGUCUAGGGGAUUUGUCUGUCUCUAAGGUCACCAGUGACUCGGCCAGUCUGUCCUGGAGCGUGCUGGGACUUUGGACUCUUUUCUUGCUCCAGUACAAAGACACAGGGGGCAAGCCUCAAGCCCUGCCUCUGAAUGGUAACUCACGGGAGGUCACCAUCCCGGGCCUGGCUCCAUCUCACAGAUAUAAGUUCAAUCUUUAUGGCAUUAGCGGGCACAAACGACUGGGUCCCAUCUCUACAGAGGCCAUCACAGGUCCAGGCACUAAACCAGAGAGCAGAUCUCAGCUCAAGCUUGGAGAACUGUCAGCCCAGGACAUCACAGCAGAAUCUCUCCUCCUCUCCUGGACUGUGGAGACUGGGAAUUUUGACUCCUUUAUCAUCCAGUACCGAGAUGCAGAUGGCAAACCCCAUGCUUUACCUGUGGAUGGGAGUUUGCACUCAAUGAAGCUUCAUGACUUGGUUCCCUCUCACAAAUACAGAUUCAACCUCUAUGGUGUCUCUGGACGCAAGCGUUUUGGACCUGUUUCUACAGAAGCCAUUACAGCUGCUUCUGAAAAGGCACCCCCUCCCCGGCCCAGCCUGGGGGAGCUCUCCGCUUCUGACAUCAACAGUACGUCUGCUCGCCUAUCUUGGAAUGUCUUGACUGGGAAUUUCGACUCCUUCAUUGUUCAAUACCGAGAUGCAGAGGGGAAACCCCAAGCGUUACCUGUGGACAGAAACUCCCGUGGGGUGGUCAUCUCCAACUUGGUGCCUUCCCGCAGAUACAAGUUCAACCUCUAUGGCAUCUCUGGACGCAAGCGCCUUGGCCCCAUCUCCACCGAAGCAGUCACAGAACGAAUGGAAGAACCAGAGAUCCACCCUACACUGGGUGACCUCUUCAUCUCCGAAGUCACCAAAGACUCUGUCCGACUCUCAUGGACCAUUCCUGCUGGGAAAUUUGAUUCUUUCCUCAUCCAGUACAAGGAUGCUGAAGGAAGGCUGCAGACUGUGCCCACUGAUGCCGAUGCCCGCACAGUUGUUAUCUCUAACCUGAUGGAUUCUCACAGAUACAAGUUCAACCUGUAUGGCAUCUUAGGGAGGAAGCGGCUUGGACCAAUAUCUACUGAUGCAGUCACAGCUUUCCCAGAUGCACCCAAUGAAUUGGCCACCGUGCUGGAGCGCCUGGUUGUCUCCGAAGUGACGCCCACUUCUAUGCAGCUUACCUGGGAAGUUCCUGAGGGAGAAUUUGAUGCCUUCCUGGUCCGAUACAAGGAGUCCCUCCUGGGCAGUGGGAGAAGCCCCCCGCCAGCCAAGGAAGUGACAGUGGCUGGGGAUGAGCGCUCAGCUGUGCUGCGUGGUCUUACACCCAACACUGAAUACAGCUUGACAGUCUAUGGCAUCAAGGAAGGAUCCCAAGUAGCCAACAUCAACACAGCAGCAAGGACCAGCAGCCUAGAACUGGACAGUCCCCGGGAUCUAUGGUUUAGUGACAUCCGUGAGACCUCUGUUGUGGCCAGCUGGAGAGCACCAUCCUCUCGCAUUGAUCGCUAUAAAGUCUCCUUCCAACCCUCAGAUGGAGGUGAACCCCAAAGUAUUUCUGUGGAUGGAUCCAAACUCAGAACAACCAUCGAGGGUCUGACUCCUGGGGCCAGCUAUGAGGUUACUGUGGUGUCCAUCCGGGGAUUUGAAGAGAGCGAACCUUUGGUGGGCUAUGUCACCACAGUUCCAGAUGGUCCUUCGGAUUUGCGAGCCAUCAAUGUAACUGUCUCCUCAGCAGUGCUGAUGUGGCAUCCUGCCAUGGCUGAGAUGAACAACUACAUUGUCACCUAUGGACCCAAUGGUGGCCCAAGAGUCUCUGAAUCAGUGCCAGGGAACCGGGUCCAGCUGCAGCUGUCGGGGCUACGCCGGGACACAGAAUACCGGGCCAGCGUCUAUGGGGAGAAGGAAGGAAACCGGAGCUCUCCCAUCAGUGUCACCUUCACCACUGGUGCGGAUGGACCCCGGGACCUCCGUGCUAGUGAGAUCUCAGCCCGCAGCGCUCGUCUCACUUGGUCACCACCACGUGCAGUUCCGGGUGGAUAUCUCUUGAGUUAUGAAACUCCAUAUGGGCAACUAAAGGAAAUCUCUUUGGACGCUAACGUCACUUCAUAUGAACUCCAAGACCUCAUUCCUUCCAGCCGUUACCAGGCUCAAGUCCAGGCACUGAGGAGAGGGAUGCUCACAGCUUCCACCUCCACAUCCUUCACCACCGAACAUCUGACAUACCCCUUUCCUCGGGAUUGCUCAGAGGAGAGCCUGAAUGGACCAGGACCCUCUCGGGUAACAACUAUUUAUCUUGGGGGCAACAGAGAACACCCCUUGCAGGUGUACUGUGACAUGGAGACUGAUGGAGGAGGCUGGAUAGUUUUUCAGCGUCGGAUGAAUGGCGAAACUGACUUCUGGCGUGAAUGGCAGGAUUAUGCCACAGGCUUUGGCAAUCUCACCCGAGAGUUUUGGUUAGGAAAUGAUGCUUUGCACCAGUUGACGUCCUCAGGAGACUAUGAGCUGCGUGUGGAUCUCCGUGCUGGGAAAGAGUCUGUCUAUGCCACCUAUCAGAGCUUCCGCGUGGACUCCCCUGCUGACUAUUACCGCCUCCACCUGGGCAGUUACAGUGGCACGGCUGGUGAUGCGUUCAGCUACCAUUCAGGCAGCGUCUUCUCCACUCGGGACAGGGACCCCAAUCGGGUUAUCAUCCCCUGCGCCGUCUCGUACCGCGGAGCCUGGUGGUACCGCAACUGCCACUAUGUCAACCUAAAUGGGCUCUACGCAAACAACCGCGACCACCAGGGCAUCAACUGGUUCAACUGGAAAGGAUUUGAGUUUUCCAUCCCCUUCACUGAGAUGAAACUUCGACCCCGUGGCUUCCAGCCUUUGAGGCGGGCGUGAGCAAGAAUGGGAGGCAUACAAAGUGACUGAGGAUGGCAGAGGAGGAGGAGGAGGAGGGAAUAAAUAUACCAACUGCUCCUCUGCGAUGGGAUACCUCAUACCCUCUCUUAAUUUCCCUGCCCUGAGGAAAAAAAAAAGAGAGAGAGAGAGAGAGAAAACCAAGAACAACAACGGACAAACAUUUUUAAAAGCACCUUGUAUUUGUUGUUAUUAUUAUUAUUAUUAUUAUCCUGCCACUCACUAGCCACAGAAUGCCAAGAGUAUGGAGCAUCCAGAAGAGUCAAGGACGGGGAAAGAGACUGAAGAGGAUGCAGUCACUUAGUUUAGAUGGUGUCACAGAAUAGCUGAACAGUCCUUUGCUCAGCAGUUCCAUUCUUUCUGGAGAGCCAUUGAGAAGGGAAUAAGGAGGGCAAGCUGGCCAGUGCCUUAUCCAUCCAUCCAUCCAUCCAUCCAUCCAUCCAUCCAUCCAUCCCCAAAAUGGGCCAGCUGCUAAGCUAGUUGCCACCAAUGGUGGUUUCUCCUCUGGGCUGGCAGCUGAUAUUGGCCUUGUCUCCUCCAGGUGCAAGUCCCUUUCUGUCCUUGGGCGCAUCUACACUGUAGAAAUAAAGCAUUUUGGCACCACUUUAAGUGUUGUGGCUCCAUCCUAUGGAAAUCUGGGAUUUGUAAUUUUACAAGCCUUACCAGCUAA